UUUUUUACUUAUUUUUAUUUUUUGUAUGUUUGUUUUUACUUAUUUUUAUUUUUUUUGUUUCUCUAUAUUGCCCAGGCUGAUCUUGAACUCCUGACCUCAAGUGAUCCUCCUGCCUCAGCCUCCCAAAGUGCUGAGAUUACAGGUAUGGGCCACCAUGCCCGGCCCACAGAGUUCUCUGGAGAAGAAACUGUAGAGCUGUCUGGAUUCUUGCCUAGGUUUGUUGAGAGAUACUAUGGACUUCUUGCCUACGUCUGUUUGGAGAAGAGAGUCAAGCAGUACUUGAGUGAUUUGAAUUUUUGUUGAGAAAAACAAAGUGAAAAAAAUUUUUUUGACAUCAGAUAUGUUGUUUUAGCCUCUGUGGCAGAUUUUUUCUCUUUUACUUUUUGUUUUUAUCCUUUUGUACUGUUUUUAAAGACAGGAAUGAGAAGAAAUUAUCCCCGGACCAUUCCUCCCAGUGAAAAACAUGAAAUGUGAUUGUCUGGAAAUGGAGUGUGAUCACAGGGGCAUGUAUGGCUGAGUCAUCCAAAAUGCUGACUGUCGUGUAGGGUUCCGUGGUUUUGGUGGGUUUCUUAACUUCUCUGUGCCCUGGUUGCUUCAUCAAUAUGAUGGAGAUAAUAAUAUCAUCGGAUGUUGUGAUUUACUGGGGCCAUUCUCGUAAACACUCAGAAUAGUCCCUGGUACACAGCAAGCCGUUUGUGAUUGUUAUUGUAUGAUUCUAUCCAGAUUCUAUUACGUCAUGUUACUAUGUUAUGAAAGAUUCCAGUUCCUUGGUGCACUGAUGUGGUCUUUGAGAACAAAUGUUACCUGGGCCAAUGUUACCGGGGCCUUUUCCGAAGUGGUUUUAGCUGAAGAGAAGGCAACUGGCAAGCUCUUUGCUGUGAAGUGUAUCCCUAAGAAGGCGCUGAAGGGCAAGGAAAGCAGCAUAGAGAAUGAGAUAGCCGUCCUGAGAAAGAUUAAGCAUGAAAAUAUUGUUGCCCUGGAAGACAUUUAUGAAAGCCCAAAUCACUUGUACUUGGUCAUGCAGCUGGUGUCCGGUGGAGAGCUGUUUGACCGGAUAGUGGAGAAGGGGUUUUAUACGGAGAAGGAUGCCAGCACUCUGAUCCGCCAAGUCUUGGACGCCGUGUACUAUCUCCACAGAAUGGGCAUCGUCCACAGAGACCUCAAGCCCGAAAAUCUCUUGUACUACAGUCAAGAUGAGGAGUCCAAGAUAAUGAUCAGUGACUUUGGAUUGUCAAAAAUGGAGGGCAAAGGAGACGUGAUGUCCACUGCCUGUGGAACUCCAGGCUAUGUCGCUCCUGAAGUCCUCGCCCAGAAACCUUACAGCAAAGCCGUUGACUGCUGGUCCAUCGGGGUGAUUGCCUAUAUCUUGCUCUGCGGCUACCCUCCUUUUUAUGAUGAAAAUGACUCCAAGCUCUUUGAGCAGAUCCUCAAGGCAGAAUAUGAGUUUGACUCUCCCUACUGGGAUGACAUCUCCGACUCUGCAAAAGACUUCAUUCGGAACCUGAUGGAGAAGGACCCGAAUAAAAGAUACACGUGUGAGCAGGCAGCUCGGCACCCAUGGAUUGCUGGUGACACAGCCCUCAACAAAAACAUCCACGAGUCCGUCAGCGCCCAGAUCCGGAAGAACUUCGCCAAGAGCAAAUGGAGACAAGCUUUUAAUGCCACGGCCGUCGUGAGACAUAUGAGAAAACUACACCUCGGCAGCAGCCUGGACAGUUCAAAUGCAAGUGUUUCGAGCAGCCUCAGUUUGGCCAGCCAAAAAGACUGUGCGUCUGGCACCUUCCACGCUCUGUAGUUUCAUUUCUUCUUCGUCGGGGGUCUCAGGAGUUGGAGCCGAGCGGAGACCCAGGCCCACCACUGUGACAGCAGUGCACUCUGGAAGCAAGUGACUGGCCCUGGAGGUGGGGCCCGGGGGCGGGGGCAGGGCCGGGGAAGGGGAGCCCCAGGGUCGCCAGUGCCGCGAGCCACUCCAGCGAGACCCCACCUUGCAUGGUGCCCCUUCCUGCAUAGGACUGGAAGACCGAAGUUUUUUUAUGGCCAUAUUUUCUACUGCAAUUCUGAAGUGUUCAUUUCUCACAAACUAUACUGACUCGAGGGGCGCUGAUUUCAUAGGAUCUGGUGCUGUAUAUACGAGUCUUGCAAAGCUCUAACUGAACGGACCUUCUUAUUCCUCUCCCCCAACGCCAUCGUUUCCACUCUUCUCAGUGUAGGUAACCGUCUAUGGUGUGUUUUUUCAUUAAUGACAAAAAAAAAAAGGUUUCAACUGGAUUAUUUAAAUAUUGGUAAAUAUUGUGCAUUAGGGUUUGUUUUUCCUUUUAAGAAGUAUGUCCUUUGUAUCUCUAAGUUACAUGACCUGUAUCAUUUCCUCUUUAAUAGUAGUUUUAUGUUAACCUUUAAGAGAUUUGUUUUUCCUCCAAGGAGAAUUUAAAGGCAUUUUUAAAAAUUCUAAUAAGAGGAUCAGCCGGGUGCAUUGGCUCAUGCCUGUAAUCCCAGCACGUUGGGAGGCCAAGUCAGGCGGAUCAUGAGGUCAGGAGAUCAAGGCCAUCCUGGCCAACAUGGUGAAACCCUGUGUCUACUAAAAAUACAAAAAAUUAGCCAGGCAUGGUGGCACAUGCCUGUAGUCCCGGCUACUUGGGAGGCUAAGACAGGAGAAUUGCUUGAACCCGGGAGACAGAGGUUGCAGUGAGCCGAGAUCGUGCCACUGCACUCCAGCCUGGGCGACAGAGCAAGACUCUGUCUCAAAAAAAAAAAAAAAAAAAAGAUCUAACAAGAGGAUCAAGAAUCUGUCUCCGAGGCUAAGAGUGCACUUCACCUAUACUCCUUCUCUUUGUCUCCUCUUCCCCGGGAGGAAGGGCCCCCAGUUCUGCGAGGCUCUCUUCUCUGCGGGGGGCUUUCGUAGAGAAUCUGCACAGAGCCUUUGCUGGCAACCCAUCCAGCAGAAUCCACACCCACCAGAGACCCUAGAGGCCUCUUGCCAUCAGCAAUCAGAAAUAAAGAAGCCUGCUCCCCCGAGACGCAGGGCUCAGCUUCACAGGCCAAACUUGCUGUGAGUGAGAUGCCCACACUGCAGAGAUGCAGGGCCCUCCCUCCCAAAAGGAACCAGCUGCCAUGCUGUUGAAAGGGGGCCCACACACAACCCUCAUUUCUCACGAGAGCUGACAGAUGAAAGCUCAGCUAUGCAGUGUUAAAAUUCAUCUCUUUCUCUGUGGUUUUUAAAAAAAUGCAUUUCUAAUCUUACACUUCACAUGGCCUCCAACACAAAGUUCUUUCUCCACAUUUUUACCCUCUUCUCACAUGAAUGUUUUCCAAGGGAAGGAAGGGAGGGAAGCAGCCUUGGGAAAGGAUCCAUUUCUGGUGGUAAGGAGAGGGGGCCCUGCCAGGCUAAUAGGACUUCGGCCACCACCGAGAUGACCAAAGACCACCUCCGCCAGGCCCAGCCGGUGCUUGCAGCCCUCCCACUGGUCAGGGGAGUCUAAAAUCAAAGACACAUAGUGGUAGGGUCACCAAACGCCCCGUUUGCCCAAGACUGAAGGAUUUCUCAGGCUGUGGACAUUUAAUGCCAAAACCAGGAAUAUCUAGGGCAAAGCAGACCGUGUUGUUCGCCCUUGUAGAGCCGGGCAGUGUGUGGCCCAGGGAAAGCUGUGUUUCAUGGAGGCUUCCAGGAGGCUGCCCUGUAGAGCCAGGCAGGUGGCUUCAAGUGCCGGUCCUGCAAGUGCCCCCGCUUCAGCUCUCAGGCCCAUCCGAUGCCUCGAGCCCACUGGGGUGUCCCAGCAGGUCUGCCUCAUCACGACCCAGUGACGCUGCUGGCUAUGUCCUCAUGCCCUCUUCCUGUGGCUGGCCAGUCAUGGGAAGUCCUGUUGGUUGAGUCAUCUUUGUCACUUCUACACCUUUGACUGUGCACAGGCUGAAUGUUGAGUGAUGCCCCCCCCCAUGCUCUCGAUACACACGCAUGCACACAUGCACGCACGCACGCACCCACACACACAAUGUUAUUAGGCAGAGCAGCUCCGUCCUGCUCCCUGAGAAUGGCAGUGCAGGCACAGAGAAGAACAGUUGGGAAGACAGGCAGCUGGUCUACCCUGUCCCCGCAUGCUUCACAGGCACUCCACUGCUUGGCAGGAAUUCUGCAUGGCAUCUGCCACACAUGCUCACAGGUUGAAAAAUCAAGCUGUCACUCUGCUAAAUAUAGAAACCCUGGAAAAGUCUAUAAGAUGACAUUAGGCCCAGUUAAGAAGCAAGUGUCACCUGAGUUGGCCAUGCAAUGAAUGAUUAUUAUAAGCAGUAUUGGAGAACUAGGCUGUUGCUUACUAAGAAGUGUCUUGGAAACAUUCGAGUUCAUACAGUGCAUGACAAAGUAAUAGAAGGCUGCAAGCACUGAAAAUGCACCCAAAUCUGGUACCUAGGAUGAGUACAUGAAUAGUGAUGAAUAGCCCUAUGUGCUGUGUGCUAUAUACAACCGUUUGCAUUCAGAAAGCAGCAUUUGAAGCUGAGUUCCAUUACUGGUGAUUGAAGUAUUUUCAGGAGCAGAUACAUGUGGUGCAUGUUAUAUGCACUUAGUUUGAAAGUAUCCCUCACCUGAAAAGUGCAGAACCUCCGAAAGGUGAGCCGUGGUGCAGGUGUUCCCCUCGCUGUUCGGGUCGGUUCUUGGCCGUGCUUGGCCUGUCACACGCCAGGUCUCAACAACAUCAUGCGAGGAGACAGUGACUGGUUUCAGCCCAAGAGUCAACUGUUGAGCAUGACGUCAGGAAGCCUGUACUGUCCUGAUACCACCAGGCUUGGGUUAAUUUCCUAUUGUUUUAGAAAGAGAGGAGCUCUUGUGCUUUUGAGAGAGCUCUCAUGGUAAAAAGAGGUUGUCUUUGCACUGCGCUUGGUGUGAUUUGUUUUCUUAUAAAACAGGAAGAGAACCUAGAAUGUGACUUUCGUGAAGGUCUGACAAAUGGGGUCGCAGAGUCCUAGGACCCACGCCGAGGUCAGAUUCCACCCAUAGAGGCUGAGCAUUUCUACGUGCACCCAGGGUGCUGGGCUGAGGCUAAGGGUGGACGCAUGGACCCCAUCACAGCCUUCCUUCCUGAGCCCAAGUCCCCCAUUUGGUCACUAUCCUUUCUCAGAACAAGUGGAUUCUCUUUUCCUCACUUGGAAUAUUCCAUUUUGAAGUAGUGGCCUGGAGUGGCCUUUCCCUCAGCUGCCUGUCUGGGCUGCCUGGCUUCCCGGAUCUUCAUCUCAUACGUGAGGCAAUAGGAGGAGUUUCCACUCAUUGAGACAGUGAGCGGGCACCAGCAGGCCAGCAGCUUGGCCGUCUUCACAGAGGUGGCCUUGGAGUCUGGAGUCUGGGCAGCUCUCUGCCUCCCUACGGCUCUGCUUCCCAGCGGGCACACGGGUCUGGAGCCUCAGAAUGAAGUGGUGCAAAGGCGCAGGGCACACCCAGGAGAAGCGCCACGACCACCAAAAGCCCUUGAGGAGAGACGGGGUUGCUGUGUUAGAGAAACGGCAACCCCCAGGACCAUGCAAGGCUCUGGCAGUGCACGGUGGCUGAUUUUCACCAGUUCCUCCUGCCCCUGCCUCUGUCGGAGACUAGAAAACAUUCUCCCCCUUCAGGUCUUGUUUUGAAAGAAAAGAGCUAUGGCAAAGCGUGCCAUACAAAAUUUAAAAAAGGAAGAGUGGCUUUGCAUUCUUGACCAUGGCCACAAUUCUGGUCACUUCUAGCAUCUGACCUUGAGAACGGGGUAGAGGCUCUGAACCACCGCUGGCCUUUGAGAGAGUUUCACUCACCAGCUAGCUCUUCGUGUAGUGUCCAGGGCCCCGGCAGUCAGGAUAGAGAGAGCAAAAGAAGAUGGACAGGGUGCAGUGGCUCACGCCCGUAAUCCCAGCACUUUGGGAGGCCAAGGCGGGCAGAUCACAAGGUGAAGACAUCAAGACCAUUCUGGCCAACAUGGUGAACCCCAUCUCUACUACAAAUACAAAAAUUAGCUGGGCAUGGUGGCACGUGCCUGUAAUCCCAGCUACUCGGGAGGCUGAGGCAGGAGAAUCGCUUGAACCUGGGAGGCAGAGGUUGCAGUGAGCUGAGAUUGUGCCACUACACUCCAGCCUGGGUGACAGAGCAAGACUCCGUCUCAAAAAAGAUGGCCAUGCUGGCCAAGGCUGGGCUCGUAGGAAACAUCUGUAGUCGGAUGAAAGGACUCUGGCCUAGGGAGCCCCAGACUCGGUUUACCUACCCCAUACUCAUCCCACUUAUCUGUCUCCCCUAGUGUCCAGCAUGCCCCGGAUGAAUUGUAGAUGGGAGGGACACAAGCCAAGAACACCAGGCACACGGGGUUGUGGGAAUGGGGGGAGCCCAGGUGAUCCCCUUUGGAAAGUGGAUUGAUCCUCUCCCCUGUGGAAUGACAGCUUAACCUGAUUAACCCACUGGGGCUUGCUAUUUAAUGAGCAUUUUUAAACAGAAAGGAAAGAUGAUAUCCCAGUGCAGGUAGACUUUAUUUUUGAAAGCAUCAUGGCCCCUCACCCCUCCGUCUCCCCCAGAACCUUGGCCAGAAUUGAGUCUUCACGUUGGGGAGGCCACACUGGAACCAUUGCUCUAGGGCUGAAGGUAGAAGUAGGGCCACUGCCUCAGCUUCAGCCAGAGCACUCGCUGCUUUGCAGAAUUUAACAAGCACACGACUGGGAUUCCUUUGGAUAUAGGAAAAGAAGGCAAGCGCGGGCAAAGGGAAGCUCCUCCCGUUUUUCAUAAACAGAUAUAAGAUGUCCUCUUUCCCAGGUUUGCACAAUCACUUCUGGCAAAUGAAUUGAAGGUCCUCGAAUUCAGCCAAUGCACGAAACCUUUGCAUGUUCUUCUGAAACUGUACUUCUUCCCCAUUCUGUCUACCCACACUCUGCGAAAUUUGCCUUUUCCUUAAACACAUUCCAGACCAAACACUGUUCAGUUUGUUUUAAAAAAAAAAAAAAAAAGAUGUAUAUACCUGUAUGUGAUCCACCAUCCUUUUGAGGGGCACCUGGUCCUAGGUUGGGGCUGCAGGUGUGCCUGACAUUUGCAAAAGGUAUUCCAGUCUUUUGAUGUUCCGAAUUGAAAAUGUGGAGAUAGAAAAGCUCAAACAGACUCCUAAAAGGAGGGUUUCUUUCCUGAAGACUCCAAGAAAAUGAGUGUGCAGAUGAGUUAGCUUGACAACCUCAACUCUGGGGAGCAGGCAGGCGGUCUGAGGAAGAUAAGGGCCCACGCCCCACUCACCUGGCACCUGCUUGGUGGUCCUGGGGCAUCACGGUCUGCAGCUCUGGGCCCCCAGCCUCACUGUCAAGUCAGUCCUGCAUGCUGGCCGAGGCCCGGCCACCUCCCAAUGCCUCCAGAGUCAGUGGGAAGGAGUCAGCCCUUCCCAGACUCCCCCGCCACCUCCAGCAGAAGCAACUCAGUUUGUGGCUCUGGGAGCUCCGCUUUUGCAAACCCAAAAAGGCUGUGCAUUUGGAAGCCAAACGCUCAGCAUGUGGCUGCCGAGUCUGGUUUUGUGGACAAAGCAAACUGUGGAAUGGCUUCUCGGUGUCUGUAUAAAGGGACAAACGGUUGCAUUCACCCUUUGUACUAUAACACCGCUUCUGCAUUCGCCAUAUCCGUUUUUUAACCUUUUUGUCUCGGGGAACUUCUCAUUCGAUUAUUAUGUCUUCUGAUGAUUUGCCAUGUUAUUUUACUUAAAGGUGAUUUUAUUUUCUUAUGGACAGGAAAAAAGAAAAUGAGGAGGAGUUGGUUUUAGUCUUAGAGAUAAGACUUCAGCAGGGGCUCAGAAACCUCAAACUCUAGUUAAAUUGCUUCUCAGAGGAAAAUCUUAGUCUAGACAGAUUCAGAUUCCCAGGCUCUCCUGGAAGCCCUGCACUUCAGGGCACAGGGGCCUUGGGACGUGGUUGGCAGCCAGGCUGCGAGAGAGCUAAAAAGGAACAAGAACAUCAGCUCGGAUGUUUGUCUCUCAGCCCUGACGCCUGCCACUCUCCUUCCCGGGGCACUUGGCCCUAUCAGAGGGACGUGAAAUGCUGUCCAAAUGGUGGCAGAAAUGCAGCGACGUUGCAUGCAGCAGAGUCUUUGCUUUGAAAGAUAGGGCGCCAUGUUUCAGAGAACAUUUAUCUUAGUCCCACGUUCAGGUGAGAAGACCUCAGAGGUACCCUCUGUCCAGAAUAAACAUUGGAACAAUCUCUCAAUUGGCUUUUGUCACUACACAUAAUGUAAUCUCCCUUCUUUCAGCUCCCCCAACAGUGAGCAUGCUUCCCAAAAAAUUACAACAUCAAAACCAGGAAUGUCCCCGCAUCUACUAUUACCAGGCUUGCAAUUGGUUCAAUUUUCCCAUAAAAACAUGUUUGUCCAAAAGAAGGGUAACUGUGAAUUUAUUCCAUGCAUGUGAUAAACUCUGCAAGAAGUUUAGUCCACAUAGGUUUGCGGCACUGCAAAAUUGUUCAUGGCUCUAUGUAGCAAAUGAUUCUCUGCCUUGACAAUCAUGUAUACAUAUCAAGAUUUCUAUCAUAAUGAGAUGGAUGACUUCUUGUUUUCCUCCAAUAAAGACAAUUAAUCACCUUCA